AUGGUAAAGCUCAGCUAUUCAGGGCGUAAGAUCCAGGGGUUGAGAUUGGGUCAGGUCGUCGCAAAAGAUUUGAGAAAGCGAAUCCCGCCUGGAAGCGGCGCCAGGGCUGCAGCACGGGAUCCCAACGUCGAAUUGGACCUAACUGGUAAAUUAGUUGGAAAUGAUGGGCUUGCGGAGAUAAUCAAUGCUCUUGUCGCCUGCAUCAAAUUCCGAGAUGAGGCGCAUCCGCAAGGAGUCAUUAGGUUAACAGAAUUGUCCCUGAAACGAAACGCCCUUACGGUAGCGGCAAUGACCGAGCUUGCUGAAGUUGUGGCACUGAGCAACUCCAGUUUAGCACGGCUGGAUAUUUCUGAGAACGAAAUCAGUGUCGUGGAUAACGGCCAGAGAAAUAAGUGGCGUACCUUUUUAAAAUCAUUUGAGGGAUGUUAUAUGCUCAAAUGUAUCGAUUUCAGUGGAAAUCAACUAGGAAGUGCCGGCUUCGACGUUUUCGCUGGGAUAUAUUUGAAGAGUGACUUGGAUUUCGUCGUCUCAGCUCCACCUGAAAAGCAGAACGAGUAUGGGUGUGAACGGGAUAUUGACAGUCAAUUCAAGUCGAUUUCUUUGAGCAAAAGUGACGACGACAAUGGGCAUUCGGUUGCAGUACGCGAAGUAAAUAAACGUGGAGUUGUUAGACCCAAGAAUACGGAGUCAUACGCAAGCACAAGGGGUCUCCGGUCGGUGCCAUAUUUGAUCUUCACAAAGUCGGGGAAUACAUCUGCAUGCGCAUUUCAUCUGUGGAGUGCAUCCAUGAUUCACCUUGAGCCCGAAGAAUUACUCGAGUUUCUGCCUCCGGGGAAAUCGAUGGUCUCAUUUGAAGUUGCCCAAAGCGGCUGGGGCAUAGUGUUUUCGCCCACGGAGUUCGGACCGCUGGGACGCAAUUUAUUUUCCCUAGGCGCCAAAUUUUCUCAAGAGUUUUCGAAAGUCAGUGAUGAUCUCGAUACGUUGAGUGCUGGAGACGAUUUGGAUCCCCACGAAGUCAUCAAAACUCGGCAAAAUUGUCAGUACAUACAAAGAUUGAUGGAGCGCGCGAAAUACCGGAUCAUCCUUGAUAUUCUUAUGACUGAAGGCUUACGGGCCGUCGAGUUGUGGACUGUUGCAUUUAGAACCAUGGUUGUUGCUCGCGCUAUCCUUCUGGAUGACAAAGAUAAGCCGCAAGCAGUCAUAGAGAGUAACGAGUUUGAGCAAUCCUGA